AUGGCGUCCGACUCGGGUACUCCCCCUCCUCCUUGGGAGCCGACUCUGAGCGGUUCCCUUCCUGCCUCAACCGCGAUCCCGUUGAAGCGCGCCGCCCUCGAGGAGGAUUUUACUCCCUCUGUACCAUCUCCUCUCAAUCCAGACGUCCGAUCAACACCGAAACCUCAAGGCGUCGACGACAUGCCUGCUAAGCGCAACAAAAAGGAGUCGCUGAAGAAGCGCGAGUCCAAGGGCGCUUUCGGCGGCGACAGCAACCGUGGCACGCCGGACCCGAAGCAUCGCGAACCUAAGCAGAGCGAUUACAGCCCGAUGCGCUACAAGCUUGCUCCUCCAAAGCCUUCAGAUUUCGAACCCGCGCGCCCCGCUGUCUUCACUUACCACCAUGACGUUCCUGCCCUCGACGGCGGCAAGAUCCAGUUCUACGAGACCUCGGAGCAUGUUCACAAUAAGAAGAGCUACCACUACACACACUGCAUUGCCGAUCCCGGAUUCCCCUCGUCGCUUUACUACCGCGGCACGGAGGCAGAGCCUCACGGCCCUCACCUAAGCUUCGAAGACAGCGCAACCCACCUGUUCUUCGACCAGACGGGCCGCCACAUCACGACCAACAAGGGGUUCCGCAUGACGCGCGCAAACGUGGCGAUCCGCGAGGGACGUUUCUACUGGGAGGUCAAGAUCACGAGAGGCAUCGUCGACAAGAAGAAUGGAGAGGGACAGCCCGAGUCGCACGGCCAUGUGCGCAUGGGCUUUGCUAGAAGAGAGGCGUCGGUGGAUGCCCCCGUCGGUUUCGACGCCUAUAGCUACGGCUUCCGCGACGUCGGUGGUGAGAAGGUUUACAUGUCGCGCCCGAAGCCCUUUUUUCCGGAAGAAGAAGGUAUCCGCGAGGGCGAUGUCAUCGGUCUGGAGAUCCAGCUACCCUCGGAGCGCCUGCAACGGAAGGUCUUGGCUGGCCAGUACAACCCCGCUGUUGACACAGGCCUGGACGACGACAGCACGGCUUUCGAUGCGCCCAACAUUGUUCGCGACCGUAUUCCCAUCCGCUUUAAGCAGCACAUCUAUUUCGAGAAGAUUGACUACCACACCACCAAGGAACUCGAAGACCUGAUGAACCCAUCGCCCGUUUCCUCUGGUCCCGCGAAUUCGGUCGAGGCGCCCAACCCCAAUCAUACCGUCCCCGCCCUUCGGACUCUCCCCAGCUCUUACAUCAAGGUGUACAAGAACGGUGUUCUCAUGGGAACCCCCUUCACAGACCUCCUCGCCUUCCUGCCCCCAGCCUCGAAACCGCAGGCGCAGAUCGGCGCCCGUGAGGGCCUCGACAACGGCAUGCUCGGUUACUAUCCUGCCGUGAGCGUCUUCAGAGGCGGCGCCGCAGAGGUCAACUUCGGUCCCGACUUCUGGUUCCCGCCUCCCGGCAUUGUUGAGGACCCGGACAACGAGGUCUCCAUGAUCGACGGCGGCCAGGACGAGCCCAGCAAGUCGUACGCAUUUGCAUAUCCCGGCCUGGAUAAGAUCCGGCCCGUCUCAGAGCGAUACACGGAGCAGAUUGUGGAAGACAUCGUAUACGACAUCAUCGACGAGGUCGACUUCUGGAUCCAGGAUGGUUGUAAGGUCAUAGAUCGCUUCGGCCAAGGCGAGAAGGCUGGUCACACAGGCAGUCUCGCAGCCAGCGGCCGUGACGAGAUCAAGGAGUUGGUCCAGGAUGAUUGA